UUAAUAUAUUAAUCCAAAUAAUCUAUCAAAAUUGUCGCCGGAGAAACAGUGUGCAUGGCGAUGGAAUUGAGGAGAAAGUUGUGCAUUGCGGUGGCAGUUUUCAUAAUUGUGAUCGAAUUUGCAUCAUGCAAUUUCGUGUUUAAGGUACAACACAAGUUCGCAGGGAAAGAGAAGAAACUUGCUCAUUUCAAGUCUCACGACACACGCCGCCACUCUCGGAUGCUUGCGUCCGUUGAUCUCCCUCUCGGCGGAGACAGCCGCGUAGAUUCUGUCGGUUUAUACUUCACUAGAAUCAAGCUCGGGUCGCCACCAAAGGAAUAUCAUGUUCAAGUUGAUACAGGAAGUGAUAUUCUAUGGAUCAACUGCGCUCCGUGCCCAAAAUGUCCCUCGAAAACUAAUUUGGGUUUCAGUUUAUCGUUGUAUGAUGCGAAAGCUUCCUCAACUUCUAAGAAGGUUGGCUGUGAAGAUGAUUUUUGUUCUUUCAUAGCGAAUUCCGAUAGUUGUCAGCCCGCUGUUGGAUGUAGUUAUCAUAUUGUCUACGCAGACGAAAGCACAAGUGAAGGGAACUUUAUCAGAGAUAACUUAACACUCGAACAAGUUACCGGAGAUCUACAAACCGGACCACUUGGUCAGGAAAUUGUAUUCGGGUGUGGAAGUGAUCAAUCUGGACAACUUGGGAAUUCUGAGUCAGCAGUUGAUGGUGUUAUGGGAUUUGGACAAGCAAAUACCUCUGUGCUUUCACAACUAGCUGCCACAGGGGACGCAAAAAGAGUUUUUUCGCAUUGCUUGGAUAAUGUCAAAGGAGGUGGGAUUUUUGCUGUUGGUGUAGUGGAUUCUCCAACUGUUAAAACAACUCCUAUGGUACCUAAUCAGAUGCAUUAUAACGUUAUGUUGACGGAGAUGGAUGUCGAUGGUGCUCCUCUGGUUCUUCCACCAAGUCUUGUCAGGGACGGAGGAACCAUUAUUGACAGUGGUACAACUUUGGCUUACUUACCAAGGGCACUUUACGAGUCCCUAAUAGAAACGAUCACUGCUCGUCAACCCGUAAAACUUCACAUAGUAGAAGAAACUUUCCAAUGUUUCAGCUUCAGUAAAGAUGUGGACCAGUCAUUCCCACCAGUAAAUUUUCAAUUUGAGGACUCUCUCAAACUAACUGUUUAUCCGCAUGAUUAUCUAUUUACACUUGAGAAAAACAUGUAUUGCUUCGGUUGGCAAAUUGGUGGAAUGACAACUGAAGAUAGAUCAGAAGUGAUUCUCUUGGGAGAUAUGGUGCUCUCGAACAAGUUAGUAGUAUACGAUCUGGAGAACGAGGUGAUUGGAUGGGCAGACCAUAACUGUUCAUCAAGCAUCAAAGUAAAAGACGGAUCAGGAGGAGUUUACUCGGUCGGAGCAGACAACCUCUCAUCGGCUCCUCCUUUGUUGAUGAUCGGAAAGCUUCUUACAAUUUUGUCGACAUUCAUGGCAGUGGCUUUUACUUCAUUAGAAAGACCGCUCAUCUGAUUAUAUGAGCAUAUUUUUUUGGUGAUGAAUGCUGAAAG